UUUUUCAUUUUAGUUAAAGUAGUACCAUAUUGUUUAAAUUAAUUUAUAAAGUGAAAAAAGUUAGGUUUUGAAUUCGACCAUUUGUAUUUGUGAAUAUGAAAUUUACCUAGUAUUAUUAGCAGUUUAAUUAAAUAUACUACAUCUUUAUUUAUGUCAGAAUUUCUGAAAUAAAUAAUUAGAUCAAAACCAUUAAAUAGUACAACCAGUCCUAUUUUUAUGUAAAAAAAUUCUGUAUGUCAAUCCAAAAAAUGCUACUAUAAAUACAGGCAAAAAACAAAUGCAUUGUGGUCUCCUCCAUUCCACAGAAUCACAUGUAUCGUCAAUAUUCAGCUUGAAUCUUUCCAAAACAUGUUUCACAGUAUAAAUUCUAUGUAACAUUUUAAAUGAAACUUCCUUUGGAAUUUUAAAAUCAUCAAGAAAUUCCCCAUAUGAGAGUAGAUAUCCAUCCUCAUUCAGUAACUGACCAACCAAAAUCAUUUUAUUCUCAAACCAGUUAUGAAAAAAAAUAAUACUUAUUUUUAAAUUGUAUAUCUUUGUUGUUCCAAAUAAAGAAUCUGUGAGGGGAAAUUGUGUUUAUACGCUAACAUCCAAGCUAAAAUUGCCUGCUUGUGGAAUUUAGGCAAUUUUACAGGGAUUUUAUCAACAUCAAAAUUACGAAGCAAAAAAUUCUAAACCACCAACAGAGUCAAAUACAUACUUAGGGAAGACAUUCCAAAUACUGUUCUGGUUCUUAAUAUCUAAUUUAUUUUAAAAGUAUUAUUUAGAGUAUUGAAAUCUAAAACCUCAAGACCUCCUUGUUCUUGGGUAUUAGUGAGAAUAUAUUUCCGUAGAUAGUGAGGCUUGUUCCUCCAAAUCAAAUUAUAAAGAAUCUUAUCGAAGUCCUUUACAAUUUUAGGGGAUAAUUCAAGUGAUAACGAGACAUAAACCGAUCUGGAUAACCCUUCAGCUUUGGACAUUAAAACCAGACCGUGUAACGAAAUAUCUCUCAGCAACCAGAGGUUAAAUUUCUUCUUUGUUUUCUCAAUAAUGGGGUCAAAGUUUAAUUUACUCCUUUGUUUUUCAUCCUUGCAUAUAACAAUUCCAAGAGAAGUAAACUUAAUCUUUCAUUUGGAUACAAUAUACUUCCUGUAAAACACAAUCCUUGAGUGGAAAUAAGACUGACUUAUUGAUAUACAUUUUCAAACCUGAAACGAAGGAAAAGUCUUCAAUACAGGAAACUGCUAUAGAAACCUCAUUCCUGUCUUUCCAAAAUAUGGCGGUAUUAUCACCCAGUUGACAUAGUUUAAAUUCAUUGCAGUCAGGGGUACUUGGAGACGACAGUUAACCCGAUGACGUUUUUCUACGUCUGAGUUUAGCUAGCCAACGUCGCCAUGACAUCGCCUACAAACGUUCUCGGGGAUUUCUAUUAGAGAAGCAGUUUCUGCUUAUCUUCAUACUGUGCUGUCUUUGUUAAUAUUAUCUGACGAUAGUCACUCACUUUUUGCCUGGACGCGGAGGGCGGAUGUAAACGACUACACAGAGCUAUGAAAACUGCGGGCGUAAAAAUGAGCUAAUUAGUUAUGCGGGCGUAAAAAUUUGCAAAUUAGUCAGCUUGACACGUACGUUUUGAUGGAUUUUCGUUGAACUUGCUUUCUUCCUUGCGAGCAAAUGUAGCCUGCUAGCUAACGUUAGUCAGUAAGCUUAUUUUUAAUGUUUCCAGGUGACGAGCGACACGACUCAGUGUAUUGUUGUGAAUUAACCGUCGUUCUGGAUCAUUCAAUACUUAUUUUUAUUUAAAAAAUUGCAAUGCAGCUAACUGCCAUGUCUAACGUUAUUGUUGUUAGCUAGCUCGCUAACGUCAUGCCCGCUAUGGCUUCAGCAGCAGGCGCAUCUGGUUCCAAGGUGUAAUGAAUGACACAGCCGCGGGGGAUAACGCGUUGCUUGGAGCUCGCUAGUUUACCAGCGGAAACAUAUUUGAACUAACUAAGUUUUCAUUGCCCGCUAUGGCUUCAGCAGCUGGCGCAUCUGGUUCCAAGGUGUAAUGAAUGACACAGCCGCGGGGGAUAACGCGUUGCUUGGAGCUCGCUAGUUUACCAGCGGAAACAUAUUUGAACUAACUAAGUUUUCAUUGUACGCGAUGUGAUGCACAGAUACGAUGGCAGACAGCGCUGGAGCUAAGAAUGAUAAUUCCAUAAUGGAAAGUCCACCCGUUAGCCCCUUGUCCGGGAGGGAAAAGCCUCCAGAGUCUCCUGGCUCUCGCUCAAGGUACCAGGUCAGCGCACCCGGACACAGUUUUAGGAAAGUGACUCUCACCAAGCCAACGUUCUGCCACAACUGCAGUGAUUUCAUAUGGGGUCUUAACGGAUUCGUUUGUGAAGUGUGUAACUUUAUGUGCCAUGAAAAGUGCCUGAAGAUGGUGAGGACUGUGUGUUCAUGCAUGGCCCCAACACAGGUGCGGGUCCCUGUCGCCCAUUGCUUUGGUCCAGCAGGGCAGAAAAAGAGAUUCUGCUGUGUGUGUCGAAAGCAUCUGGAGGGAAACACUGCCGUUCGCUGUGAAGUUUGUGAGCUGCAUGCCCACUAUGACUGUGCUACGUUCAGUUGUGGCGACUGCCGUCUCUGUCACCAGGAUGGGAGUCAGGACUUUGCCAAGGAUACGUUCCCCCACCACUGGCGGGAGGGGAACAUUCCUUCAGGUGCACGCUGUGAGGUCUGCCGGCGCACCUGUAGCUCCUCAGACGUCCUGGCGGGGAUGCGGUGUCAGUGGUGUGGUAUUACGACACACGCUGCCUGUUAUCUCAUUGUGCCGCCAGAGUGCGGUCUGGGACGGCUACGCAACAUGCUUCUUCACCCUGCUUGUGUGAGAAUAUGCUCGAGGAACUUUAGCAAGAUGCACUGCUACCGCAUCUCUGAGAGCUACCAGAAUGAGCUCGAUAACUUGGAAGAUGCUGACAGACCUACAAAGGAGAGCCAGCUGGCAACCACACCAGAUUCCGGGAAGCAGGUUCUCAAGGUGUUUGAUGGGGAUGAUGCAGUCAAGCGUAGCCACUUCCGUUUGGUCUCCAUUCCUCGGAUAACCAAGAAUGUGGAAGUAGUGGAGUCAGCGUUGAGGGCCUUUUACAUCCCAGAUGACCCCCUGGAAUAUGAGCUCAAAGACAACGGCCAGCAGUCUCUAGUCGAUGACGACAUCCUCAACCAUAACGGCACCCCCGAUAAGGCAAUCUUUAAGGAGAAUGUGCCCGAGGCGUGGCUCCUAAGGGCCAAACCUCAGGAAACCGAGGUCCUCAGUAUCUAUGCCGGCUGGCUCAAGGUUAUUGUGGCGUACAUAUCCAUCUCCAAGAACAGCACUGUGGAUUCUGUCAUUAAGGAGGUCCUCACUCAACUGGGAAAACAGAAUGAAGACCCAUCAAGCUUCAAUCUUGUGGAGGUUUACAUGGGCAGUAAGCAAGUUCAGAGACGAGUGCUGACAGGCCAGGAGCUGCUGCUGGACAAACUGCAGGAGAUAAGGAAGAUCUCCCUGAGGCAGAUGAACCAGACCCAGAUUGUGCAGGUCAACCUGCUUUUAGAGGGACUGCCUGUACAGCUGAGCAAGGAGGAAUAUGCAGACCUGCUACAGGAGCACUUAGCUAUCAAGAGUCACUUGGUUACCAUCACACAUGUUUACGGGAACCAAGGUGCAGUGGUGUUGCAGAUAUCGUGUUUCUCUGAGGCUGAGAGGAUCUACAUGUUAGCCAAAGACACAUCUGUCAGCAACCAGCAGCUCACCUCUCUUGUCCUACCAGAGAUCAUGCACAACAAGUUACCCAAAGGUGACUCGCCCCUACUGGUGUUUGUUAACCCUAAGAGCGGUGAGCUGAAGGGCAGAGAGCUCCUCUAUGGUUUCCGGAAGCUUCUGAACCCCCACCAAGUGUUUGACAUGACCAAUGGGGGACCAUUGUCUGGACUCCACACAUUUAGGGCGGUGCCCCGCUUCCGGGUGCUGGUGUGUGGGGGAGAUGGGACAGUGGGCUGGGUCCUGGGAGUCUUGGAGGCCAUCAGACACAAGCUGGUCUGUCUCGAGCCCCCCGUCGGCAUCGUCCCACUCGGCACAGGUAACGACCUGGCGCGGAUCCUGCGCUGGGGGGCAGGUUACAGCGGAGAGGACCCCCACCACAUCCUGGUAUCUGUGGACGAGGCGGAGGAGGUGCAGAUAGACCGUUGGACUAUUCUGCUGGAUGCACAGGAGAUCACAGAUGACGGCAAGGAGAACGGCUUCCUGGAACCACCAAAGAUAGUGCAGAUGAACAACUAUUUUGGGCUGGGCAUCGAUGCUGAAGUCAGUCUGGACUUCCACCAUGCCCGUCAAGAGGAACCAGGGAAGUUCAACAGCAGGUUUCACAACAAAGGUGUGUACCUGAAGGCGGGUCUGCAGAAGCUGAGUCACACACGGAACCUUCACAAGGACCUCAAACUACAGGUGGACAAGCAAGACAUAGAACUGCCCAGCAUAGAAGGCCUCAUCUUCCUAAACAUUCCCAGCUGGGGCUCCGGGGCAGACCUGUGGGGAUCAGAGGGUGACUCGCGCUACGGGAAACCUCGCAUUGACGAUGGCAUGCUGGAGGUGGUGGGGGUGACUGGGGUGGUACACAUGGGCCAGGUGCAGAGCGGCAUGCGCUCUGGGAUCCGUCUCGCCCAGGGCAACUACGUGCGUAUCACAGCGACCAAGCCCAUCCCUGUGCAGGUGGAUGGAGAGCCCUGGAUCCAGGCCCCCGGACAUAUCAUCAUAUCUGCAGCAGGCCCAAAGGUGCGGAUGUUGAGGAAGUACAAACACAAGUAGAAGAAGCAGUCUGCCAGCCUAAAAGAGGGGCUAUCUGAAUGCCCUUCGACCAGCGAUGGGGGACAAUGAGCCCCCCCCCCCAACAUCUGCUCCUUGGUGUCUCCGUGAGAGCACGAUGGUCUGUUGGCUGCUCUAAACAGCUGUGACCUGUGUGCCCAAUAGGUUCUCAGAUGGUUUGUGUAGUUAGCACUUAUAGCUCCUGUAGUGGUACAUUGACAAAACAUUUAGCAGUCACUCCCAUUAUCAUCUUAAUGUUUAUCAAUUUCACAGUUGUUGGGUUCGGUUUGCCCCUGUUAAGAUCCUUCAGAUUAGGUUCUUGUCGAAUUUGUUGGUUUCUUUUUUUGUUUUUCAGUCCAUCAGAGUUGUUAUGGCCUGGUAUUUUAUGAGCGACAUACAUAGUACCACUAUAAAAUUGUUACCAUCUGGUACUUAUUAAAAAUGAUUCAAUAAUACAUUUUGAAACAAAUAGUACUAAGUAGAAUUUGGUACCAAGUAGUUACAAUGAAUCAAUAAGAUACCAAACACACACAAUUUUGUGGACACCCCUUCAAAUGAGUGGAUACGGCUAUUUCAGCCACACCCGUUUCUGACAGGUGGAUAAAAUCGAGCACACAGCCAUGCAAUCUCGAUAGACAAACAUUGGCAGUAGAAGGGCUUUCCUGAAGAGCUCAGUGACUUUCAACGUGGCAUAGAAUGCCCUCAUAGGAUGCCACCUUUCCAUCAAGUCAGUUUGUCAAAUUUCUGCCCUGCUAGAGCUUCCCCGGUCAACUGUAAGUGCUGUUAUAGUGAAGUGGAAACAUCUAGGAGCAACGGCUCAGCCGCGAACUGGUAGGCCACAGAACGGGACCGCCGGGUGCUGAGGUGUGUAGCUCGUAAAAAUGGUCUGUCCUCUGUAGAAACACUCCCUACCGAGUUUCCGAACUGCCUCUGGAAGCAACGUCAGUACAAGAACUGUUUGUUUGGAGCAUCAUGAAAUGGGUUUCCAUCGCUGAGCAGCCUCACACCAGCCUAAGAUUACCAUGCGCAACGCCAAGUGUUGGCUGGAGUGGAAACCCAUUGGACUCUGGAGCACUUGAAACAUGUUCUCUGGAGUAAUGAAUCACACUUCACUGUCGGACGGACUAAUCUGGUUAUGGCGGAUGCCAGGAGAAUGUUACCUGCCCUAAUAAUGGUCUGGGGCUGUUUUUCAUGGUUCAGGCUAGCCCCCCCAUGCACAAAGCGAGGUCCAUACAGAAAUGGUUUGUCGAGACGUGUGGAAGAACUUGACUGGCCUGCGCAGAGCCCUGACGUUUGGGAUGAAUUGGAAUGCUGACUGCGAGCCAGGCCUAAUUGCACAACAUCAUUGCCUGACCUCACUAAUGCUCUUGUUGCUGAAUUGAAGCAUGUCCCCACAGCAAUGUUCCAACAUCUAAUGGAAAGCCUAACAGAAGAGUGGAGGCUGUUUAUAGCAGCAAAGCGGGGACCAACUUUUGGAAUGAGAUGUUUGACGAGCAGGUGUCCACAUACUCUUGGUCAUAUAGUAUAUUUAUAAGAUGUAAUUACACUGCUACCAUGUAAAUACCAGACUGUAAAAUAAAGUGUAAAUGUUGCUUUUUCGAAGUUCAGACAUCGAGCUGCUUCAGAGAGUCCUCUGAGUCAAAUACUGGAUUAAAAUGUAAAAUAUUCCAGACACUUGUGCUUGGUUUCACAAUGUACUAAUGUAAAAAAAAGGGAAAAAAAUUACUUUGCGUAAAAUUCUUAAGAAAUUAGAUUAGAGGAAAAGAAAACUGACUAUACCUAUACUGACUAUGUCUAAAACCACACCGUGGCCAUUUAAUAACAAUUUUAUAAAGUUAAUGUGAGACAUUAUUUCAAGUAGAGGCUUACGACAGUCUCGGAAAUAUGCACAGCCGCACACACAAACGCACUCACAUCUUAAUAUUCAGUCUGUAGCUAAGUACCUCAUAUUUCAGUACCUCAGCCUUUCUUUGUAGCAGUCGACCUCACUGCAGAAUGUGUUUACCAACACUUAAUGCCUCACAAAUGUAUUCCAAACAUAAGUAUCAUUGGGAGACGGGAAAGCUGUCGAGAAAGCUGUCGAGGAAGCUGUAGGUAGGAAAUUUGAAUGGAAUCAUGACUUAAACGUUGCACUCCCAUACGUUGUCUCUGUUGCUGCUAAUUUUUUAUAGUUGAUGGAAUGAAUGCAGGGAGGAGAUCACUAGCCAAUCCUAAACAUGCAUUAAAAACUAGAGGCUUGUAUUGGAUUUCUCCAGUCAUUUAGUUGGCCUAGAGAUCAUGUUUCAUCCAUAGUAGAAAGUAUGCCUGAGUACCUGUUCUCUUGUCAGCACUUCGUCCACAUUCCUGAUGAUGUAGAAUUUACAAGAAAAUGCAAUCAUGAAAAGACUCCAUAAUAUGAAAGAAGAUCUCUUUAAAAAAUAUUUGUUUAACAUCCCAGCACAUGUGAUGUAGCUGGAACAGUAUUUGAUCGUAUGUAAGUUGACUCACUUUUGUGGCUUGGUGCUAGUGUGUAUCAAAAUGUUUGAAUCUUUCACCCCACUAGCAGCUUCCGGGCCCUUUUCAAUCAAAGCUGAUAAGCAGGUGUCAGGGUUGAGUCUGAGUCUGCAGUCCUUUUAUGCAGUGUGAAAGCUUUUGAAUUGACAUGCAGUUGAUGUUCUUGAUUUUGACUACAGGAAUCAAAUGUGCAUUGACAGCUAGGCUUGAAUGAAUAGGGUCCUAGACUGUUUGGUCAUCAUGGCCAUUUAGACACACUCACUGGUUCCUCAUCGGCCGUGUUCCAAUUCUCUCAAUGGCUUCCUUUCCUUGUCUCCUCUCCUUCCUGACCACUAGUAAAUGAAAGGAUUGGAUAGGUAUUCACUAUAUACAGUACCAUACUUUCACCAUUCAAGUCAAGAGACUUAUAUGGGUUCAUUAACUUGUCAUAAAACUGAGGGGACACAUGUACUGUCAAAUGCAUGUACUGUCAACACCAUGUAUACAGAAGUCACAUGGGUAAACAUUGAGUUUUUAUAUCGUCCAUGUUUAUUCCAUUUAGAGGCAGAAAGUGUUUAUGCAUGUACAGUAUGUAGAGGUAAGUAUUGUGUUUCAGAUCAAUAUGUAUCUUUGGUAUCUGUCUUUGGUGUCAAUGGUCAGCUCUGUUCUGCAGUGCCCAUUGGAAAAUACAGUAUUUUAGAAUAAUUGCUGUGAGGCUAAAGUCACAACAUAACUCCAUCCCCAAAAGCAAUCCACACCAAUGAUGGCGAUAGUCCAAUAUGUUUUCCCCUUUAACCUGUUUCAUAAGACUGAUGAAUGUCCACACCAAGGGAUGAAAUGAAAAGACAUGGGAGAAGUGAUGACUGAUUGCUGGUAAAUGCAUCAGAACACAGUUUGAUCAGGGUUUUCAAUGUGUUUACCUACAAAAGUGUCAUAGUUUUUAUUUUUUCCAUUUCUCCUCAAUGUUGCUGCGCUGAAAACUGCGUAACAGCGUUGAUGUCAAUGCCCAAGAUACUAUUUUUUUGUGUUGAAUGUCGCUUAUGUGCGUCUCGUAGUAAGUUUACAGCUUCUGAGUAAAUUGUGCCUGUGCGAUGAACCUUCAGGCCAAAGUGUCGUUCUGUGGUGUCAUUAGGCCUAAACUCCACGUUGUGCCUCAUUGAAGUGCUUCUAGAACCUUGGUGGUAUUACCUGUGUGUCAAAAUGUUUAACAUGAUAUGUGGUCCACUCUUGCUGGUGCAGUGAUUUGAAUAUCUUAAUCUCUGCAUUUCUAGACCAUUUUGAGUUAAUGUGAUUUAUGUUGUCAAUUCUGUAUUUUUAUUUUGUUUUCCUAAUAGAAGGUAUUUUGUUUUUUACCAAGUCUUAAUGGAAGUUAAAUGUUAAAAUGAAUAAAUAUUUUUGCAGACAAAAGCUGUUUUUAGUUUUAACUGUAAAUUGCACUAAAAUGUACAGACGCUUUUAGGUGAUAAGAUUGUUUACUGUUACUGUUGAAAUAACUAAAUAAAAAAAAUUCAAACUAAAGAAAUAUGAAACGA